AUGGGGACCUCCCUGGACAUUAAGAUUAAAAGAGCCAACAAGGUGUACCACGCCGGGGUGCGGCCCCGCCAGGUGGCCCCGGCCGAGAGCCUCCACGUCCGUUUGGGGGCGCUGACCGCCAGGCCCCGGGGGCUGCCGGCGCGUCUCGGACCCCGCGCUCGCUCGAGCGGUCGCCGCGAGCCCCUAGGCCUGCCCCGCCACGGGAGCCGGUGCGCCGGGGUGAGGCGGGCCCUGCCUGGUCUGCUGCUCUGUUCUGAAGGCGGCUGGCGCCCCUGGGGGGCUGCCGAGGACAGUGACGAGACCCUCGGGGAGGAGCAGGAAUAUGGGGUUCCUCCCCCAAACCAUUGCCAGAGACAAUGGAGCCACACCCUGGUCUGGACCCGCGCCCAGAGCUGCCGAGCCUGCGGGGUGCCGGGCGGCCCGGAGACAGCGCCCGUUGCCGGACCGAGCCGGUUUCUCUCACAGCCCAUCCAGAUUAUCAACAGCACCAUCGAGAUGGUGAAACCGGGGAAGUUUCCCAGUGGCAAAACAGAAAUCCCCUUUGAGUUUCCUCUGCACGUGAAGGGCAACAAGGUGCUGUACGAGACGUACCACGGCGUGUUCGUCAACAUCCAGUACACCGUGCGCUGCGACGUGAGGCGGUCUCUGCUGGCCAAGGACCUGACCAAGACCUGCGAGUUCAUCGUGCACUCUGCGCCUCAGAAGGGGAAACUGACCCCGAGCCCCGUGGACUUCACCAUCACCCCGGAAACCUUACAGAACGUCAAAGAGAGAGCCUUGCUCCCCAAGUUUCUCAUCCGAGGUCAUCUCAACUCCACGAACUGUGUGAUCACGCAGCCCCUGACCGGGGAGUUGGUGGUGGAGAGCUCGGAGGCCGCCAUCCGGAGCAUAGAGCUGCAGCUGGUCCGCGUGGAGACCUGUGGGUGCGCCGAGGGCUACGCUCGGGACGCCACGGAGAUCCAGAACAUUCAGAUCGCCGACGGGGACGUGUGUCGGGGCCUCUCCAUCCCCAUAUACAUGGUCUUCCCCCGGCUGUUCACCUGCCCCACGCUGGAGACCACCAACUUCAAAGUGGGGUUCACGGGGCAAGGUGGGCCCCCCUGCGUGGAUGCGUAG